AUGAUUAGGACUGUCUGCAGGCAGCUGUGUAAAUCACUGCUGGUGACAGCCCCAGAUUCCCCCAAGACGCCCCAGAGCAAGAGCAACUACCAGUCGUACACAUUGACUCUGACACGUUGUCUUCAGCCAGCGUGCGAGUGUGUGUGUGUGUGUGUGCGUGCGUGUGUGUGUGUGUGUGUGUUUCCACUCGUCUCGACAUCGUGGGUGAUCUCGUGGUCCGGAGUCACAACUCAGGGAGGGGUCGUCCCAUCCGCGCCGACCGGGCCCAGGUGGGCGUCGCACAGAGGCGGAGGAGGAGGCAGUGGGCUGGGGACGGUGGCAGGCCCAGGGGGGGUGGGGGCAUGGCCGUGGGGGGGCCGCAUCCCGUCCUCCAGCCUGCACCGGGACAGGCGCUGGGGCUGGGGCUCCUGGGGCGGGGGCCCGUCCAGGGGAGGAGUGGCCAGACUCGCCGAGCUCCGGCCGUGGCUGAGCGGAGGGGUGGCCGGCGCGGCGGGAGUCGGCGGAGGUAGCGCCGGUGGAGGAGGAGGAGGCGGGGCGGAGAAAGGAGGCAGGGUGAAAUGCUCCCGCAGGAUCUGGGUCCUGCUCGGCUCGCUGGUCCUCGUCUUCCUCACCUCGCUCUUCUUCUCCGUGUCGCUGCGCGGGGGCGUCGGCUUCAACUACCUGGAGCCGCCCGGGUGGGAGGAGUCGAGGCGCGUGAAGCUGGUGCCCAGCUACGCGGGCGCGCACAGCCUGUCGGCGCCCGACGCCCCGCAGCAGAAGACGUGCGCCUGCAAGCGCUGCGUCGGAGACCCCGGCGUGUCGGACUGGUUCGACGAGAACUACGAUCCGGACAUCUCGCCGGUUUGGACCAGAGACAACAUCCAGCUGCCCUCCGAUGUCUACUACUGGUGGGUGAUGCUACAGCCCCAGUUCAAACCCCACAGCAUCCAGCAGGUGCUGCUGAGGCUGUUCCAGGUGAUUCCCGGGAGGUCGCCGUACGGCUCGUGGGACCCGGGCCGCUGCCUGCGCUGCGCCGUGGUGGGGAACUCCGGAAACCUCCGCGGGGCCGGAUACGGGCCGACCAUUGACGGACACAACUACGUCAUGAGGAUAAACCUGGCCCCCACGGUGGGCUACGAGGAGGACGCGGGCAGCCACACCACGCACCACUUCAUGUACCCGGAGAGCGCCAAGAACCUGGCGGCCAACGUCAGCUUCGUGCUGGUCCCCUUCAAGACUCUGGAUCUCGUGUGGAUCACCAGCGCCCUGUCGACGGGCCAGAUCCGGUUUACCUACGCUCCAGUGAAGCAGUUCCUCCGCGUGGAUAAAGACAAGGUCCAGAUCUUUAACCCGGCGUUCUUCAAAUACAUCCACGACCACUGGACGCGGCAUCACGGGCGCUACCCCUCCACCGGCAUGCUUGUGCUCUUCUUUGCCCUUCACGUCUGCGAUGAGGUGAACGUGUUCGGUUUCGGGGCGGACAGCCGGGGCAACUGGCACCACUACUGGGAGCAGAACCGCUACUCGGGAGAGUUCAGGAAGACCGGCGUGCACGACGCCGACUACGAAGCCCAGAUCAUCCAGCAGCUGGCCAAGGCCGGAAAGAUCACCGUCUUCCCUGGGAAAUAACUCCCGCACUCACGCUUCAGGGUUUGGCAACAGACACUUCAGAGGCUGCUUAGACUGUGUUAGACACGCCCACUAACCUCCUUCCGCUUCUGGUUCCCAGUUGAAUUAGACCACAUGCAAACAGAGGGUGAAGAGGAAAUGGUCAAGGAGUUAACCCUUUCGUCUUCGCCUCAUACUUGGGGAAGUAGCUCACCAGUCUUGGCUCUGAUCGGAGAACGUGGUGUGUAGAGGGGGGGGGGGGGGUAGUUCUGAUCACUUAGACUGUGACUGUGAAGUGGUCGGCUCAAGGUGGACGAUGAUGUAUUAAUAAAACACAGUAUGCAACAUACUGGAAACUUCCACCUCGACAGCACCGUGAGCAUCCGAAGGGACUCAAGGCCACGUGGUGUCUGACCGCUGACUUACAGUUCUUCUUCUUCUUCUUCUUCUUCUUCUUCUUCUUCUUCUUCUUCUUCCAACCUGUGGAUAUUGACAAACAGACAAAAGACCAGUUUGAGACUGUGCACACAAACUGUGGUUCGCUCUCAGACAUCAUCGUGCCCGAGGGCACCGGGCCUGAACCUUUGCAGCUCCGUCACUCUUUUGAUUCGCCGUCACGCGAGAACGAACGCGUCCUCUUCAAAUGGUGUUGCGAGAUGAAAAUCAUCUCUUGCCACUGUUGUCGCGCAAAGACUCGACUCUGACGCGCUGCUAAACGGCUGAUAGCGCGAUGACAGCUGACCGCUGUGAGGGGGCGGCGGCGCCCCCCCCGGAGGGUCCAGACCAGCCUCAAGGAAAGGCUUCCACACCUUGCAGCAGAAACCUUCGCCUCUCGACUACUCUGACCAGAAGCUGGCUUCUCCAGCCUGAUUCUCCAUUGCCACGGCAACCACGGGGCCCCGGCCACGUUCUUUUCUUUUUUUUAACUCGCAUCCAGCUCUUCGUUGCGGGAGAGUGUGGUUGGUGGGUUUGAGACUCCUAAUGAGGCCAGAAGCCCCCCCCCCCCCCCCCCCCCCCUGGGUUUUUCAUGUUUUGGACGGAGGCACGCUGUCUUUUUUUCUUUUUUGGACCGGCGUUUAAUCCCCAUGUGGUCUGCGAGGGGUCUAAUUCGGGAGAGGAGGAGGACCGCGGACCGGAGAGCUGGGCCACGAACAUCCCCGUCUGACGGAGCGCGAGGAACACGUCGUUCGUUUUAUAGGAUGAAAAUGAAAUAACAAAAGCUUUUUCUUCACGGUUGUUUAUCCACACCGCUGCUUCACCAACACUGUUCUGGGGUUCACCACUUUGGUUCUUUGACAAAGGUCACUGGCUCCCGUGUCCCGGUGAAGUCGUUACGCCCCAGAUCGAGACUCCACCACCGGAUCUUGGAACCAUUUAACUUGUGCGCAGCUUCAUUAACCACCGGCCCACGGGCCCCCGGCCCCCCGGCCCCCGGUCCCCGCUCGGCCAAUUGAAAAACGUCAGCCAUGUCUGGAGGGAGCGGGAGGGGGGGUGUGGCCAACCAGACGCCUUAGACCUCAUCUUCAGGUUCAGAUUUUCCACGAGGAUGAUGACGAUGAUGAUGACGAUGACGAUGAUGAUGACGAUGAUGAUGAUGAUGAUGAUGGCCCAUCCUCCUGCAGACUGCAGAUUUCAUUUGUUAGUUUUGUACCGUUUUGUGUUGAGUUUACACUUUGGCAGGAUUUAUACUAAAGAAAUAGACUGAGGGGGAAAAAGAGACGUUUGGUGUUUCAGUGUUUGGUUUGAGCUGAAACCAAAUCCAUCCAAACGCGGUCGUGACAGAGACUCGUCUAUCAAGAGAAGAGCCCUCAGGCUUCCUGUGCAGGUCCUGUCAGUCUGGUUUUCAAGGGUUCAGUUGCUAAUAUUUGUCCCUUUACACUAAACAUAGUUUGAUUUUUCAUCAGUAUUAAUGACUCAUCGUGCUUUUGCUGUGGCUGCUUCGAGUGAUAUUAGACCAGAUCAGAGUUUCAGUUUACUUAAAAAACUGAAUUCAUAUGCUAUUGAAUAUUUAAAACAAUGCAACAAUCAAAAAUGAAAGGCGCCAUGUGGAGUUCUUGGUGACUAGCAGGCUUUUAACCUGCGGGUCCCCUGUGUGCACGCGCACGGGAAACCUCAUGGACAAGAAAAACGUGGUUUAACGCCAAUGACCGGUGGAAACGCAGCGACACGCCAACACGGGCAGAGAAGACGACGAACGCCAACGUGGAUGGAAACGGUGUGGGAUAUAAAAUGUUCCAAAAAAAGAAAAAAAAAUAGUCAAUGCAUUCGUCACGUUUUGUCAGGACGUCAUGGAAACACACGGUGUGUUUUUCGGUUAUAACAUUGAAUCUAAACAGAAACUCUUUAAGUUUGGGAGGGGAAAAAAAACCAUCCUCAGCUACUGUAGUACCGUUCAGGAUGCAUGGGAAUAUGUGACAUCACAUUUCCCCCCCCCGAUUCAAUUGUUAUCAGUGCAAAAAGAAACGGAUGCUUUAAAACUGUGAGACAAUUACGACGCUUACAGCCGUCUCAUACACUACUGACAAUAUUUAUAUCCUCACAAAGAGUCUACUGUUUAUCGCUCUGGUGACUCAUGAUGUGUAACCAAAAAUAAAUCAUUGUGGGGGGAGGACGGUCAGAUUAAGGAAAGCGGAGGCUGUGUAGGAACUGUGCGUGCCGACCGUUGCAGCUGAUAAUGGAUGGAACCACGUGACAUUGAGGAUGUUUUACAUGACGUCUUACUGUCCACACGUUGUUUAGCCACACACACACUUUGUGCACGAGGGGUCCGGGGGGCGUCACACUGCCCCGUCACACUUAUCUUUCUUUUCUUUGUUUUAGGGUGUUGUGUAAAAACCCACGUGUGACUCUCGUGUGGGACCGUUUCUGCUCUGUGUUUUUCUAUUCUACUUUGCACAUAACAGAUUUUUUAUUUUUUGGAGCUGGGCUCAUUUUUUUUAAGAGUCGAGCGCGACUGAUGAUGGACAUGAUGUUUGUCACACACACACUCACACACACACACACACACACACACACACACACACACACACACACCUAUCAUUCAUGCUUUCGUGCCUUGUCCUGCUGCGGCUGGACAUCACUUUGCUACCUUUUGCAUUUCUUUCGACACGCGCGCACACACACACAUACACACACACACACACACACACACACACACACACACACACACACACACAGAGACACGCGCACACAGACCCGCGCGUACACACUUUUUUUCUGGCUGAGAGCUGUGCCUUUCUGAGCUGACACACAGACAAGACGAGACACACACACACACACACACACACACACACACACACACUCUGCCUUCUGCUUCGGGCCACAGGCGCCUCUCUCGCCUCGCUCUUCAAUUCUUACUGCUUUGUACACUGGUAUUGGUUUUUUUUAAAGACUGCUGGAGGAGAGGAUGUGCUCUGAAUUUCAUAGUCGCUCGCACACACACACACACACACACAUGCACACACACACACACACAUACAUAGUGGGGUUGCUUUCCUCUUCUAGACAUCAGUGUGCAGGGGCAACGUCAUUCAGCGGGUCAGAUUGCACAAAACGUGUCCUGUGUCCUUUUGCAUAUCUGUUUUUUGGAUAAAGGAGAACAACAGAUGAGGAGGAGGAGGACGACGACGACGGAGCCUCUGAAGGUGGUCGACGGUUCGCCGCCGCUACCUGUAUGUUUUUUCCCCCAGGAUGCUCCUUCCAUGCUUCAAAAGGAAUGUGGACACUGUUUUGCCGACAGCGUGGGCUCCAGUGGCAGCAGAGCAACACAUUCUCACCAUAUUUCGCCGCCUGCGGUCGGUGGAGAAGUGUUGAUAGUCGACCCCGAACAGGUUAUCAGCUUCCUCGAUGCCUCACAGCCGUAGAGCAGAACAUGGCGAGCAGAUGAGAGGGGGUUGUCAGGGCGAUCCCUCUCCGCUGUGCUCAGCCUAAAUUAGACCGGGGAGAGUUUCUUUUUUCACCUCCACGUGACACAGAUAUUUGGAGUUCUCUGUCGCAUUCACAACCCGAAGUAGGUCUUUUCUCCCGCCGCUGACCCCGAUACACAGAUUUCCUUUUCCCCUCUCGCAAGGGUUGAUUCACAGGUCGAGAGCAUGCUGGGGACAAACAUGUACCCUGAUUGUCAAGGCAGCAGCAGGUUUCCUCAGGUGAAAUGUGAACAUGUGGCGCAGAUGUCAGCAGAAAAAUCACCCGAGUACCGAUCGCCUAAAAAAAAAUAAAAAAUGUUUUAGAGCUUUCGCAUAGCGGCAGAUUGCAAACGGCCGCAUUACAGUAGAUACCAUCGUUUCCGGUUUCCUGGAAUAAAAGAGUCAUAUUAAACUCAUUUCACUACUUUUAUGGGGUAAUCAAACCGUGUCCGCACCUGUUCAGCGAGGAAACAAAUGAUAUCUUACUAUGUCAGAGGGAGAAAUGUGUGUAUGGAAUCUGAAAUCUCUUCAUACGUCUUGUUUGCUGCCCCAAAAAACGGCCUCGACCAAUCGCGAGUCAGCCUCAGCUGUCGAUCGCGGGGUUUUUCCACCUUGUUUUUUACAGCAUCAAAUAACUAAUUAUAACAAAACAUAUUAUAAAAAAAUAAACACAGUGAUAUGAAAUGACAGAAAUCAUCUUUGGGUAUAUAUAUAUAUAUAUAUAUAUAUAUAUAUAUAUAUAUAUAUAUAUUUACAGUGUACUUUGAUCUUUUAUGACCUAUACUGCAGCCAGCCACCAGGGGGCGGCCACAAUGAUAUGGCAUCACUAUUGGGGAGCUGUAAUCUUUAAAUAUAUAUUGUCGUUAGAUAUAACGGCUGAUUACGACAGUCCAAUGAUAAUUCUGUGAGAACCCCUUUAAAGUCUAUGGCUAUAGGAGAUAAGACACUAUGAUCAGAAAACCUCUAACAAGGCCCCCAGUUCGAUUUAGGGGCCCCUUAGGUCCCCUUUUUUUCCCCUGGGGCCCCCAAAGUCCUUUGAAACGCCACUGCACAGGGACACGUCGUCUCCUCUGUCGGCCAUUGUGCAAACCAAGUCUUCAACCAUCACGAGGACAGAAGGCCGGACUCACGAGUCAGUUAAGAAGCUGCUCAGAGAACAGAAAGUUUACAAGAGCUGGGAAAAAUGAAACCCAAGGAAUUCGAAGAGAGUAUGCUUCUCGUUUGGGUGGAAUCGUCCCAUGUCGGUGGUUUUACCUGCCGUCUGAAUCUGUCAUCGUCCGGUCCUGUAUCCUUCACUCGGACGACCUUUUGGAACCCGGAGCAGCACAGGUGGUGGAUUUACUACGUCGUAAAACGUGUGUGUGAGAUAUGUGAAUGAGACUCUUUGUAUCUUAUACAUACUGUAAAUUAAAGCUUCAUGAUACAUGAGGGUCAACGGUCUGACGUUUGUGGAAUGAAGGGUUUGAUUUUCACGGAGCUAUACUGGAGUAGUUUGGUUAUGAAAUAAUAAAAGUAACUUCACAAGUUG